UCUGAUCAAAGUUGUCUUUUGUAUUUGCAGUAUUGUUCACUGUUGAUACACCCUAAUGGAAACGCAACAUGCUCAUUUCCUGCUGCAGCUUACCACAGGACCUCUGACAGAAAGAUUCACUGCGCUGACACUGAAGAAACAACGUCAUGGGGGGCAAAAGCUCUGCGCACCAGAGGGAUAAACACAAGGAACAUGACAGUUACAAACCUGACCGAAAGAAAGAUGAUGUUUCUACCAUAGAGAAAAGAAGUCCAUCUCUACAGGAGGAGGGGCGAGCCUUAGAGGGGACAACAGAAAAGGAGACUUCAAGGAAAAGCAAGAAGAACCAGAAAGAAGAAACUUCCUCUGAGAAACGCAGUUGUAGUGAAAAGAGCAGCAUACCGCCAUCUCUGCAGAAGGAGGGAGAAGCUUUAAAGGAGACAACACAAGAGGAGACUUCAAGGAGGCAAGAAGGAGAAACUUCCUCUGAAAAAAGCGGUCGUAGUGAGAGGAGCAGUGCUCUGGCACGUGAAUACCCUGUUGAUAAAGUUAACAACCCGAGUCCAUGCCACUCUGAAACCAGUGAUUCUACUUCAGCCACAACAGAAGAGAAAGAAGCUGACUGGGUGGACAACAACAGGGCUAAGCUUAUUCAGAACGUUACUUUAGUGAUAACAAUAGCGGAUCAGAUGUUCCAGCAGAACUUGAUGCAUAAAGAGAUGUACGACAACAUCAAGGCCGCCAGGACCACCCAGCAGCAGAUGCGAGAGCUCUACAAGACCCUCACAACUGUAACAGCCAAAUCUGCCUUCUAUAACAUCCUCCGGGACAUUCAGCCGGAGACAUGUGAAACGGAAGAUGUCAUCAAGGAAGUCAUCACAAAGCACAAAGCAUAUCUCAGGGAAAAGUUCAGAUUUGAGUUUGAAGGCACUGAUAAAGAUCACAAGGAUGCAAAAUCAUUGGACAAAAUUUACACUGAGCUUCACAUUAUACAGGGAGAGAGUGAACGUAUCAAUGCAGAACAUGAGAUCUGGGAGAUUCAAGAUAAGGCGAGGUGUCAAACAGCAGAGGGCACGAAAAUCAAUUGCAAUGAUAUCUUUACAAGUACACCAGAAAUUAGGGCUUCAUCUGGGCAAGACGGAGGUGAAGUGAGAGCUAUCAGGACAGUGAUGACAAAAGGAAUUGCCGGCAUUGGAAAAACUGUCUCUGUGAAGAAGUUCAUCCUUGACUGGGCAGAUGGGAGAGCCAAUCAGGACUUGGACUUCAUCUUUGUGCUACCAUUCAGGGAGCUAAAUCUGGUCACAGAAGAACAGUUUAGCCUUGUCACACUUGUGAGAGAAUUCCAUCCAGAACUUAAGAGCAUAGCAGUUGCAAGAAUAUUUGCUAAUCACAAAGUUCUGUUCAUUUUUGAUGGUCUCGAUGAAAGCCAGCUUCAACUGAACUUUGAAAAAACCAGAAGACUGACAGAUGUCAGCAAGGAAUCAUCAGUGGACACUCUGGUGACCAACCUAAUCCGGGAGCAUCUCCUGCCCUCUGCUCUCGUCUGGAUUACUUCAAGACCAGGGGCCAUUCAGCGCAUCCCUCGCAAGCAUGUAUACCAGUGGACUGAGGUCAGAGGAUUUAAUGAUCCACAAAAAAUAGAGUACUUCAGGAAGAGAGUUGAGGACAAGGCCGUUGCCGAGAGAAUCAUCAACAAUAUUACGAUGUCCCGGAGCUUGUACAUCAUGUGUCACAUACCCAUAUUUUGUUGGAUUGCGGCAAAAGUUCUUGCGUACUUGCUGCUCAAAAUGGACAAGAAUCAAGAUGAAGACAUAAAGAUACCUACAACUCUCACUGAGAUGUACACGCACUUCCUUUGCAUUCAAAUGCAGGUAGCCGCAGAAAAAUACGAACAUAAGGAUGAGUCAGAAGAGAUUUUAGAGUCGAAUGAAGGAUUCAUUUUUAAAUUGGGCAGAAUGGCAUUUGAGCAUUUGAAUGAAGGCAAAAUCAUAUUUACUGGCAAUGAUCUAAAAAACUAUGGCAUUGACAUACACAAAGCUGGAGUUCAGUGCGGGUUGUGCACGGAGAUAUUCAAAGAAGAGAGUGUCUUCAACAGAAAGAAACUCUACUGCUUCGUGCAUCUGACAGUCCAGGAGUACUUUGCUGCUCUCUUUGUGUACCGCAGCUUUGCAAGAAAGAAAAUUGAUUCUGUAAGCCUCAUGGAUUAUCUCCUCAGAGGGUCUGUUGAGGAACUGAAGUCUACCUUGGAUGCAGAUCCAGUUGAUUUACCUUUGGAUGAGUUGAUAGAAAUUUCAAUUGCUAAUUCAACUCUGAGAAACACAGGAGAACUAGACAUGUUCCUUCGGUUCCUUAUUGGCAUGUCCCUACAAUCAACACAAGAACUGCUUCAAGGCCUGAUUCAGCAGGAAGAGGAACACUCUGCAGUUGUCGUGGAAAUAAGGAAAAGUCUGUUAGAAAUAGAUUUAGGGGACUGCUCACCUGAAAGAUGCCUGAACCUUGUUCACUGCCUGAUUGAGCUGAAAGACAGUUCUCUUCACGAUACUGUGCAGAAGUUUCUGAAACCAGAUCACGUCCCAGAAACACAGCUCACCCCAGUUCAGUGCUCAGCUCUGGCCGAUGCAAUUCUAAUGUCAAAUACACCUCUUGAUGAGUUCAACAUGAAGAAAUACAGACCAACAGAAAAAGGUAUUUUCAGGCUUCUCCCAGCUGUGAGGAACAGCAGAAAAGUGAGGAUCUCAGGGGUGUGUCUCCAAAGAUGGCUUUGUGAAACAAUCUCCUCAGCUCUUCGAAUGCCAAACUCUGUGCUAACUGAACUACACCUGACGAACACUAACUUCUAUGAGAACACUGUAGACACCUUCAUUGAUGGGCUGCUCAACUCUCAGUGUGAACUUGAAGCUUUGAGUCUCUCAGGUAGAGGGCACUCAUCAACACAGUGUGAAAGUAUGGCAUCAGCAGUCAAAUUGUUCCUCCCAAAUCUAAAAGAACUGGAGCUGAGUGAAAACAUACUGGAACAUUUUUUAUGCCCUUUUCUUUCUGUUGGGCUAUGCAGCCCUAAACUGGAGAAGCUCAGACUGAACAAAAAUUCUAGGAUUACAGAAAUCUGCAGGGAACUGGUGACAGCACUCACAUCGAACCCAAGUAACCUCCGAGAGCUGGAAUUGAAUUACACCAUUUUUAAAGAUGCGGAAAUGAAGAUUCUCUCUACUUGGCUGCUGAAUGAAAACUGCACUCUGGAGGUACUGAGUCUCAGACAUAAUAGACUCACUGAGGAUGGCUGUAAGACUUUGGCCUCAGCACUCGGCUCCAUAUCUUCCCGCCUGACGGAGCUGGACCUCAGCUACAAUGACCUGCAGGACUCAGGAGUGAUGGCGCUCUGUGACGCUCUGAUAAACCAACACUGUGUUUUGAAAACACUCAGGCUGUCAUUCUGCAAAGUGACAGGAGAUGGAUGUGCUGCCCUGGCCUCGGCUCUGAGGUCUGACCACUGCAGCCUCAGGGAGCUGGACCUGAGCUUUAAUCACCUGACAGGUCGAGGAGUUGAGCUGCUGACCGAAAUACAGAGAGAUUCACGCUGCAGUCUGGAAAAACUCAAUGUGGACCAAAAUGAAGAAUAUUGGUUUGACCCAAAGCUACUGAGAAAGUAUGCCUGUGAUCUGACACUGGACCCCAACACAGCGGGCGUGACUAUAAUUUUGAGUGAAGAGAACAAAAAGGCAACAUAUGUUAGUGAGAAGCAGCCAUAUCCUGAAAAUCCAGACAGAUUUGCUACUUUUCAAGUGCUGUGUGAGGAGGGUCUGACCGGGCGCCAUUACUGGGAGGUCGAGUGUGUUAAAGCUAAUGUUGGAGUGGCGUACAAAAGUAUAGACAGGAUGGGAGACUGUACAGGAGACUAUACUUUGGGACAUAAUGAAAAGUCUUGGUGCUGGUUUGGUAACGGCUCCUUUAAUCACAACAAUUCUUGUCAGCACUUCGAUCGAAGAACAUACAGAGAUACCAUAGGAGUGUAUCUGGACUGGCCAGCUGGUAUUUUGUCCUUUUUUGAGGUCUCCUCUGGAACAGUGAUCCACCUGUACACAGUCUGUACAACUUUCACUGAGCCACUCCAUCCUGGUUUCAAUUUACUUGAGGGAUCAAUUCACCUCUGUAAACUAAAGUAACCACAAAUCUUUGUGAAAACAUUAGAUGUAUAACUAAAUAGAGCUAUACUCCCUGCUGGCUACAUGCAAUACAUGUUGUCCAAUAAUUUCAUGUUAGAACAAAUCUUAACUUUUGUCAAAGAUAAGGCUAACAUACAGUUUUGAAAAUAUGGGUCUGAGGGUUCCCAAAUAAUAAACACCCAUUUUAGGGUCUGAUAGGGUCUUUAAAAAAGAACAAAAGGUAAACUUAGACUUUGUAAAUAUCAUAAUAUGUAUCAAAAAAAAAAAAAAAAAAUUAAGCCAAAUAAAGGCCCAUGUCUCACUCCUGUAUAAAGUUUGAAUAUUUUUUAUUUGAAAGCAUGGUUCCAAUAAAAGUCUUAAAAUGCACUGAAAUUAUUCAUCAAGUCAACUUUCAAAAUUCUUAAAAAUGUUCAGACAAUUGGAAAUAGGAUUUGUUUUCUAACUUUGCAACAUAAAAUCUUAAAAUAAUUGGCAACUUAAAAAAAACAACUCACUGAGUGCCUCUUGCAUUCAUGUCAGCACAAAGUCAUAUCUUGUGUAGCAAUACAUAUUUUGACUGUAUAUAUGCAUAUAAAUUGUAUUGCAUUGUUUUGUGAUGAUCAGUUGAGCUGCUAAGAGGGGUCAUAGCAUGUCAUUCCUACUCAAUCCAACCAUUUUUCUAGUAUGGCAUAUAAAAUAGGUGUUCUCUUGUGCUUUUGACAGCAGGUAUGCUCCCCCAUCAGGGUACAUUUCAAACUGGCACAAUAACGAUUUGUUUGCUUAUUCUUUUCACACUGUAUGAACUUCCGCAAAAAACAAGCUUGUCUGAAUUCCUUCUUACAGUUCUCUUUUCUUAUCUUAUUGUAUCUACUUUCAUUUUGAUAACUGACAGGCCAGAACUUGUUCAUCUGCAAGUUUCCUGCUUGAAUGUGAUUUUUAUCAUCUUUUCAGGUCAGCUAAUAGAAAAAAAAUCCAUCAGAUAGUACAGUGACACAUAUGAAAUAAAUUUUGAUCUGCUAACAUCUAAUCUUUUUUAUUACACUUCUGAUAUCUGGUAGAAAUGUAAAAUGAAAUCAUUGACACAGAGAAGGACACUUUUGCCCCUGUUCCUUUUUUAUACGUUUGCCUGCAAAAUAAAAACAGUAUUGAAGCAUU